UGUGUGAGCGUGAACCAACACAAGGAGUAGUGAAAAAAUAUAUGAAAAAAAAAGUUCACAGCAAAAAAGUACAAAAGAAUUUUUGCAACAAAUUUUUUAAAGAAAAGUUCUGAACACAACAAUCCCAUUAGAUUCGCUCUUCGCUUAAUAACCUCUCUAAGGACCUCGAAGACAGGAAGUCAAGAUUCAAUUCAAUUACUUGUUUGCAUUGAAGGUGUAACCACAGGAAACGCCAGUUAAUGUGGAACUAUCAUAGGCGAGGGCGGGGGAACAAGGGAGCACACAAAUAAGGUGUGUUGCUUUAAAUAUAUGCAGCAGCAAAAAACCAACACAGAAAUCGGCCAACAUCACAACAGCAGCGGAAGAGGACAAUAAAGCUCUUUAAAAAGAAGACCUUUCGUGGAUACACCACUUACCAAUAACAGUAGCAGUAGCAGCAGCAGCGGCAGUACCAACAACAUCCACACAAACCAUUUUAAAGUUCCAUUGUGACAGCAGCAGAAUACAACAACAACAACAACUAGACCAACACAGUCGUGAAUUAAUCGACAUUAAACCAAUUUCAAACAUAAUCAAAACAACCAUUAAGUGGAAAAUUCGAAAAACAUGGUAACAAUGUCUACAGAAGUGGAUAAGACGCAAACGACGAUAGCCACUGCGAUGGCCCCAAAAGUCCAAAACUCCUCCCCAGCCACUACCACCAUCACUACCACGUCAUCUGAGACCACCAAUAUGAAUGCCCUAAACCUGAAUAAUGGCAAUGUGGAGGCGGUAAGCGAAGCAUGCAAUAACAAACCUUUGGCGCCUGAAUCACAACCGAGUCCAAAGUCAAGUCCCACAAAAGCUGCAAGCGAAAAGACAGCCACAGAAAACUCAGAGUUGGUUACAACUACCGGGGCUUCAAUGGGAAAAGACUGCGGGGAUGCAAAGGCACAAGAUAUCAAAUUGUCUGAUAAUGGUAAAAAAGAAGCGCAAAAAGAAGUUACCAUAAAGACAACUGCAACAAACACUACCACCUUAAGCGCCACCGCCAUCUCCUCCACCACUACUACUACUACUACGAAUUAUAACAACAACAACAACAACAAUGAUAAUAAUAAAUCAUCUAAACUAGAAACAGUAACAGUAACAGCAGUACAAAUAGCAACAACAACAACUACCGCAACCACCGCCACCGCUACCACCACGAUUACACCACCCACCAUAACCCUCAAUACCGCCACUCCAACCACCACCCCCAUGCCCACACCCACCAAUUCAGCAACAACCAACAAUAGUGGCAUCUGUCCCACCACCUCCUCAACCCAUGCGGCGGCCACAAAUUCAAAAUCCUCUGCAAACAGCACUCACUCGAGCGCACAACAACAGACGCUGCUGCCCUCCUCGGUACAGGUAAACAAAAUGAACGCCAAUGCUCCCUCCUCAUCGUCGGCCUCGUCGUCAGCGUCACAAUCGAACCUACAUGCAAGUGGCUCCCAUCAGCGCAAUAAUCAUCAUCAACAAUCCCAGCAUGCGGGAGGUCAGCAACCAGGCUCCGGCAAUCAUAGUAAAAAUAAAAAUGAAGAUGCUCCCAAUAUUUUGGUGUACAAAAAGAUGGAGGCCAUUGUUGAGAAAAUGCAAGCCGAAAGUACUGGAGUGUCAGUGCGCACCGUCAAAGGCUUCAUGACCAAGGUACCAUCGGUGUUUACGGGAGCCGAUUUGAUUUCUUGGAUCUUGAAGAAUCUCGAUGUGGAAGAUGUCACCGAGGCACUGCAUUUUGCCCAUUUACUAGCCUCGCAUGGUUAUAUAUUUCCCAUAGAUGAUCAUCAGUUGACGGUGAAAAAUGAUGGAACAUUUUAUCGAUUCCAAACACCCUAUUUCUGGCCAUCAAAUUGCUGGGAGCCCGAGAAUACUGACUAUGCAGUUUAUCUAUGUAAACGUACAAUGCAAAACAAAACUCGACUUGAAUUGGCCGACUAUGAGGCUGAGAAUUUGGCGAAAUUACAAAAGAUGUUCUCCAGAAAAUGGGAAUUUAUAUUCAUGCAGGCUGAGUCUCAAAGUAAGGUAGCCAAAAAACGUGACAAACUAGAGCGCAAAGUUCUCGAUUCACAAGAGCGAGCAUUCUGGGAUGUGCAUCGUCCUAUGCCAGGAUGUGUUAACACCACAGAGAUUGAUAUUAAAAAAGCAUAUCGUAGAGGAGCUUCAAGCCAUGGCACUGGUUCAGGGGGUGCUUCAGUGGCCAAAAAUCCUAUAGAAUUAUUGACACGCAUCAUUACACUGAGAAAACAAAAGAUGGAACGUCGCACAAUUAAGGUGUCGAAAGCAGCGGAAGCACUGGUAUCAUAUUAUGAGCAAUAUAAUGAAUUUGAUUACUUUAUAACCUCACCGGAAUUGCCAAAUCCCUGGCAAACAGAUAGCACCGAAAUGUGGGAUGCAGAGAAAAAUUGCAAAGAAGUGUCUAUGCGCCGCUGCAAACGAUGGGCAUUUAGUAUGCGUGAAUUAUUGAAGGAUCCUAUGGGACGAGAACAAUUCGCCAAAUUUUUGGAAAAAGAGUACAGCUGUGAAAAUUUGUUAUUCUGGGAAUCCGUACAAGAGAUGAAGGCACUACCUCAAAGUGAAAUCAAGGAAACCAUACAAAGGAUUUGGCAAGAAUUUCUCGCACCCGAUGCUCCAAGAGCUGUAAAUGUCGAUUCGAAAUCGGUAGAAUUGGCACGCGAAGCAGUUAACUCACCGAAUGGACCAAAUCGUUGGUGCUUCGAUGUGGCCGCCUCACAUGUGUAUCAUUUGAUGGAACGUGAUUCAUAUCCACGCUAUUUGCGCUCCGACAUGUACAAAGACUAUAUCAAUUGUUCACGAAAGAAGAUUAAGUCGAUACCGAAUCUGUUUGGAGUGAAACGCUGAAGUGUCGUUCCUGCGGUUGCCGUGUCCUCGGCAGCCGCAGCUGCAAGCUCCACCCACCACCACCAACAUCACCAUCACCACCAACAACAACAUCAUCAGCAGCAUCACUCAUCGAUAUCCUCGGCCUCGACGUCGACAGGUGUGACAACAUCGACGGCGACUGGGGCUAGCGAUACCCACCAUCAUCAUCAUCAUCAUAGAUUUUCAUCAUAGAUAAAAAGAAUGAAUGAUACCAAAAACGUGAAGAAAGAAUCUAAAAUACUUUUUAGUAAACUAUACCACAAAUAAAUGGUUAAGGACGCUAUAUACAAAAUAAAAUUUAAAUAAAAAAACAAAACAUUCGCAUACACUCAUUAGAAGCCAGGAAUUGUAGGGUAUAACAAAAUAUUUACAAGAAAAAAACAAAACUAUAUGUGCAACACAUAAAAAUAAUUAUUGUUUUUAAAUUUUAAAUGCUAACUAGGGGUUUGAAGAAACUUCUAAAACUAUUGAUUUCAUUUUUUAUUUUUUGAAAAUUUAAAUGUAUAACAUAAAAAAAAAACUUAACUAUAAAUGUUUAUUUUGUGUUAUAUUUAUAUGUAAAGAAAACAGAAAAACAAACUGAAAACCCAAAUAGUAAUGGAAACUAUUCGUAAAACCUAUGUUAAUGUAAGUUUAAAACAAACAAAAACAAAAACGGCAACAUCAACAACAGCAGAAAUGGAAAAGAAUUAAUCUAUGGUUAAGUUUAGGGGGCGAAGGACUUUGAAUAUCAAAUAUCCAUAUAAUCAUCUCCCUCCUUCCUCACUCACCCACCCCUCCUUCGCCGCACCCAGCAUAUACAUGCAAAAAAAAACAAA